AUGGAAGACUUCAGAUCCAGAUCGUACGCUGACGGAAGAUCAUCAGACCUUCAACAAUACUCCACAAACCGAAGAUCCGACGGUCCAGAUUCACUUGGGGUUAACGGUGGUAAUGGUAUGCAAGAUCUCAGGUCUUACAGCACUUCCUACACGGAUUACCCCAACCGAGUACCAGAGGACCCGAAUCCUAAGAAAGGAAGAUCUUCUUCUUCUUCAUCGUCCUCAUGGGGAUUUGUGGAUCCAGAUUUAUUGAGGAAGAAGAGAGUUGUGAGUUACAGAGCUUACACCGCUGAAGGUAAGCUUAAAGGUUCUUUAAGGAAAAGCUUCAAGUGGAUCAAAGAUAGAUGCAACAAACUGCUUAAUUAA